CGAUGGCGGCGUUCGCGCGGCGCAAGGCGCAGCGGCUCGCGCGGCCCGACGCCAGCCGGAAGCGCUCGCUGGACGCGCGCGCCGCGGGGCUCGCGCGGCUCCUGAACGCGCGCGAGCGGUUCUGUACGGCCAGCUCGUGCGACGGCAGGGUCCUGGUGGCGGACACGGACGGCAGCGGGAUCCAGAAGAAGAACUGCAGAUGGCUCCUGGUAACACACGACCCGUGUGCCAAAGGCGAUGUGAUGACAGCACUAGAGAAGGCCACUGGAGAUGUUGUGUUCAAGUUUGAACCAUUUGUUCUUCACGUGCUGUGUCGGGAGCUGCAGGAUGCACAGCUGCUGCAUUCAGUGGCUGUUGAUUCUGGAUUCAGGAACUCUGGUAUUACGGUUGGCAGAGGAGGAAAAAUUACGAUGGCUGUCCGGAGUACUCACUGCUUAGAAGUUCCAUUGAGCCACAAGGGGAGAUUGUUGGUCUCUGAAGAAUAUAUUGAAUUUCUGGUCCAAGUAGCCAAUCAGAAAAUGGAAGAAAACAUAAGGAGGAUUGAGAGAUUCCAGAAAGGCUUGGAGUUGGCUCUGGAGGCUGCUGUCCCUACAGACACCUUGGCUCCUGAGGGGCCGGAGAAGAGUCACUCUGUGUAUGUGCACAGGAGAAAGAGACGGACCACUCGGGAACAGGCCGAUCCCAGUGGAGAGCUGGAGCCCCAGGAUGAUACCGAGAGCAGUCUGGAUCUGUUUGCCGAAAUCAUGAUAUAGACUAAGGCAUUUGAAAGCAAAUGGCAAACUGAUUGUAAUGCUCUUUGUAAGAGGUUUAUAUACAUUUGUGCUCUUAAGUUGUCACACUCCCAUGGACAUUGACCAGAAAAAAGGUAAUUAACAGAAUGGUGAGCGGGUGUAAUGCUACCGGGCACAGACAACAAAGCCUUAGAAUGUUUUGGGAGUUUUGUACUGUACAGUUUUUCAACUGUACUGUUGAAUUAGCAAGCUUUUACUCCAUCUUCCAGUUAUCUCAGAAAUAACAGGUUUGCUGCAGCCUUUGGCCAUGUUCUCUGGGGAAACAUUUCACUUCCAACUUUCUUGGUUUUGCAGAGCAGAGAAACUAAAAACUGGGUUGUUUUCCCUGCAGGCACGGCUGGCCCUUCCCAGAGCACAGGGCCAGCUGUUAGUCACCUGCAGAGCAUACCUGGGGCAGAGGUUAGGACAGAAAAGCAGGAGCUGGGUACUACUCUGUGCCAGCGUCAGCAGGGUGCAUCCAUAUCUCUCCUGGCCACUGCACCAGCAGCUGCUGUUUCCCUGCUCUUUGUGGUGUCUUGGGCUCUGGCCCCACUGUGUGUGCUCCAAUUCCUGUGGCCACUGGCCACUCAGUACCAUUUUUCCUUGCCCUUUUAGCCAGCUCUGUAUGCUGAUGGCCCCUUCCCCUCACAGAGCUCCUGUGCUCUGCAACCAGUGCCCGGCCAAAGUCACCCCAAGGGCUGGGUUGGGCUGUGAACCACUGACUGCAGGAACUGUAUACUGAACUGUAUCCAAACAGUGCAGUACUGUGUGCAUUCCUUGUUGUGCCACUGGCAAAGGCACUCCAUGCUCGUGUACUUUUCAGAAAAAUACUGAAUUUGUAAACCUUCCAAGCUGUCUUUUGUGAUUUGAGGGAUAGCUUACACUGCAGAGCCAGACCCUGACUGAAGGAGAUGGUUUAUUUGUGCAGGAGCUCCCAGGCCAUGCAGAGAGGUGUGUCACUGUUUCCAUUACAUGAGCCUGUGUCUUGGGGGCAUUUUAAUUCCACUGUAAAAAUUGAACAUACUCCAUGGCAGCCACAGGGAAGAGUAAUUGGGGCAUUGAGUAGAUUCUGAAAGGCCCACUAGGCUGUUUUCAGUCAUAGGUGCAACCAGAAGAAAGGAACUGGAGCCUCUUGUGUUGUGUGUUAGUGUUGCUGACUUUGAGCUCAAAUGUUCUCCUUCUGGGAGCUUGAAACACCUCAGCAUGUGGCUGGGGUAUGGGAAGGGGAGAGGCCAGUGCCUUUCUGUCCUUGUAAGUUUGCAGCCACGUGCAGCUGAGGUGCUGGGUGGCUGCCAGCACAAACAGCGUGUCACAGAACACACUGGUGCUGCUGGUUUCAGGGAAGGAGAGAGGUGCUGGAGACAAAUACUGAAGACUAUUGGCUCGUGAGACGGCCAAUAUGUGAGGUGGAAAUUUGACAGAAACCUUCCAAAGCAGCACUGUGUGCACUGGUCUCAGACUUCAUGCACAUUUGGGAGAACUAACCAUGGUUCCAUUCUGACUGAACACGGGGGGAUCAUUUCUAACACUGCAGAGCCGCUGGCCAGGAGGUGGGUGAGCAAAGCCCAAGUCCCUUGGCCUGUGGGGCAGCAGCCAGGUGGUGGGAGCAGCCAGGGGUCCCACAGCAGGGCAGGAGACAGCAGCUCCUCAGGUGUGGGGACACAGCUUCUGCCACAGACGUUGCUGGAGCAGUGUUGGGACGGGGGCUUGUGUCAGACCUUUGCAGUCACCACAUUCUACAGACCUUCCUCUCUCUGUUCUGAGGGUCAGCUGCCUGUGUGGGCUGAACUGAAACCCCAGGGCUUCUAUCAGCAAACAGCAAUAUCUGCCUCUGUGCAGAGAAGCCUUCCCAGCCUGCUGCCCCAGCCAGGUACUGCACAGCUACAGGCUGUCCCUGUCCCCAUCUCCACUGCUAGGGGUCUCACCAUUCUGGCAGGUCCCUCCUCACUGCCUGGGGAGCAGCUGCUGUGCACAAAGGAGGCAGUUGUUGCUUGUGGAUUUCAAGGAGUUUGUUCAGAACAGUCUGAACCCUUCUCUGCAUGUGACAUUUCCUAAAAGUCUGGGUCUGGUCUGUUGGAUGUGGCUCAAGGGACUGAUGGCACCAGCACCAACCACAAGCAGUGCCCACAGACCUUGCUGUGCUGUCAGGUCUCAUCACACAUGGGAAGGGAAAAUUCAGGACUGAAAAAGCAGAGAUACGAAGAAACCAUAUCAGGCUUCAAGCCCAGCCUGCAGAACCCAUAUUCCUGGGAUAGAGGAGGCCUGUUCCCGAAUCCAGAGCAGUUUAAUUCCUGGUGUGUACAGUCACCUGUGCAAGGUGGGAGAAGGAUCACAGAUACUAAUGGUGUGUGCAAAUCAGGACCUCAAUGUGCUUUUGAAGGCAGAGUAGGGUUGUGUAUUGGCAGGAAAGAGCAUUCAGUGCAAGUAAAUUUUUGGGAAGCUCCUUUUUAAUGUUACCUUUUUCUUCUUAUUUUUAUUUCAGUGGAAUCAAACACCACAAUAACGGCCUAAACGCUUGCACUGUGUAAUAGCAGUACAGGAUUUACAUUCUUAGAAAUACAGUUUGUCAGAAACUGACAUGUGAUACAAUCCCACAUUCCUCUGAAAAAUGAUACAAAAUUCAUUAAUAUUUUUUUGGCAGUCUUAACCUAGAAAUGUUACCCUAACUGUUGACAUCUUGUUACUUUAUUCCCAUCAUCUCCAAUGGUUGAAGACUGUUGGGGACGUCAUACAAAAAAUCCAAAACAAGACCCUACAACAAGAAAAAUAAACAGUCUCAUGAUUGUCAGGGAAAGAUCAGGGAAUUUUGUUACUUCAGUGCCUAAAAUGUAGAACAGUUUUUACAAGGUUUGUCUGAUUUUUUUUACACCACAUCCAACAUUGCAGAGGGCAAUGCUGAGGUGGUUUCAACACCCUGCAGCCGCUCCAGGAAGGAGCACAGCCCCAGCGCCACCUCCUCCGUUCAACACUGCCCUUACCUGCCCGUACACUGGGGAUCACCACACUUCACCCCAGGCUCACCCAAGUUACACCUGUUCUUUUUGAGGUUAAUUUUGCCAAGUUGUGUUUCAUUUCCAGCUGCUCUGAGCAAUUCUGUUGGGCUGUAAAUGCCAUCUGCAGCUGCAGAGUGCAGGCAGCCAGUGGGCAGAGCAGCCACAGGCAGUGGGAGGCAGCACCACUGAAAAUGGCGACUCUGGGGGUCAUGGCCAAAGGAAAAUCCACUGAUAAGCAACAAGACUCCUAAAACUGGCAAAUCUUUACCAUUUGUAAGUGUGCUUAGCCACUUAAUUAACCUAAAAGGUAUUUUCAUCUCAAUUUUCAUAUUUGCUCUUGCUGUGUUAAAUUUUUUAAAAUUACAAUUUCA